AUGAGGUCCAACAAUGCCGAGAGCAGUGGCGCACCGAGUGCUGGUGGCAGAGCGAGUGGCUCGGGCGUCGGAAGGACAAGCUCGGGUGAAAAAGGCGGAGCGAGGGCCGAGAGCGAGGCGGGAGGGACGAGCACAGAAGCGACAGAGGGCACAAGGCAAGCGAGUACAGUCGGCAAGCUGCGCGACGUGGUGGCGGUCCUGGUCCUCGAGUGGCUGACGGAUGCUGGGCUGCACAAGACUCGUCAGAUGCUCGAGACCGAGGGCAUGGCCCUGAUUCGCGCCGGGAGCAACGUCGAGGUGCCCAGGGUCACGCUGGAAGCCCUGUUGGAGAGCUACACCGCAUCGGCCCGGCGCGCGACCUCACACGCUGCCGUCCUCGACAAGAUGGCGACUCUGUUGCGCCACCUCGGCAGCCAGCCCGGCACCGACAAGGCCAGCGAGGCGUUCGAGACCAUCGCCGCGCUUGUCCCACCCUCAACUCCUCUCGACUUUAUCACUCCCUCGCACGACUUGUUCUUCUCCGAAGCCAUGUACCACUCGGACGACGAAGGCAUUGAUCGCCGCGCCAAGCGCCACCGCCCGAUGGGCUUUCUGGACACCAUCACUGCCACGGCCAACGGCGAUCUUAACCUCGACGACUGCACCGACUCAAUCAUGCCGCUCUUGCCACCCUCGCCGCCGUACCCUAUUGCUGCCGGCCAUUUUGACGUUGUUCCCCCACCUCCACCGCCACAUCCGACAGCGCGGACCGGCGACAGCAACGGCGCGUCAGUGACAGCCUCACUCGAGCGCUCAUCCCCACCGCGAUCGCCGGCCAAGCGCAAGCGGCGACCAAUCCACAACCCGUUUCCAGUUGCCGAACUGCUUUGCACCAUCCUCUCGUUCCUAGACGUGUGGGACCUUGCUGCGGCCUCGGCCACCUGUACCGCCCUCCACACCGCCGCCACUGACCCGUACCUCCUUGCCACCCUUGUGCAUACUGUUCGCCCACCGCCAGCUCUGCCGCCGCAGCGCCUGAUGGAUUUUCUCGCCGCCCGAUCCUCGCUCCGCCGCCUGGAUCUCUCGGAACGCACCGUCUCAUUUGCCCUGCUCGGCUCUCUCCCGGCUGCAUGUCCACGGCUGGAGGCACUGACGCUCGACUCUUGUCUCGGCUUUGCCGCCUUUUACGACGGACCGCCAGAUCCAUCAGUGCCCAAGCUCGGCAUUGUACAGGUUGUACAGGCGCUUAAUGGCUCGCUUCGCUCGAUCUCGCUCCGCAACACCCGCGGGCUCAACUGUGAGCUCGGCCUUCUUCUUGCCGCCGGUGGCGGCAAUCUGGUGCAGGUUGCAGUCACCGGCUCAGUCUCCACCAAGUUCUCGUCGUUUGACCCGAACCAUGCCGCUUCACUGCGAGUCCUUGAUCUAGCGGCCUGUCGGGGGCUCUCCAACGACGGACUUGCUGCGCUCCUUGCUGCCGCCACCGGUCUCAUCAGCCUCUGCGUAGCGAGGACCGCCGUGACUGGGGCCGGCUUUGCCGCCGCAAGCCUGCCGCGACUGACAAACCUUGUUAUUGCCGGCUGUAUGUGCAUGGGCGAUGAGUGCAUGUUGGCUGUGCUAUCCGGCGCGCCAGCACUCCGGAUCCUUGACGCCUCGUUUCUCCCGAUCACCAACGACGGCGUCGCCGCUAUUGCCGCCCAUGCCCCAAACCUGACCUCGCUCACGCUGCGCAAGUGCUCGCACCUUGGCCCGGGCGCGCUGGCGCCACUGGCACUCGCCGGUACGCGGCUGCGGGUCCUCAACGUUGCCAUGGUCUCGGAACUCUCACACGAAGACGUGGUUGGCGUCAUCGGCGGGUCGGGCGCGCUGUCGCGGCUGGUGAUUGCUGGCCGCCUGACGGGCGCCAACUGGUCUUCGCUCCUCACAACACCACACCUGGACCGUCUGCGGAGCGUUUCGCUCUCGGGCCUCGCCCAUCUGGCCGACGAGGUCGUCGGCACGCUCCUCGCCUCGGUCAGGCUCGCCCGCAUCGCAGUGGUUGACUGCGGCGGCUUUACCGGCAUCGGUUUUGAAGAUCUCAAGCUCGGAUUCGGCGCCGCGGCGUCGCUGACGCAUGUGGCGGCUUACAAUCGGGCGCUGCUUCCGCUUGAGCACAAUGUCGGCAUGGUUUCGGCCAUCGGUCGCAACUGCGUCAACCUUGUCGGCCUCCGCAUCGAUGCCAAGAACCUGACCCGGCUUGCGCUGCUGCGAUGGCGGACGAGCCAUCUCCGUGAGCUCCACAUCGCAGGCUGUGAAGAGACUAUUGACGACGUCUCGUGGAUUCUGCCAAGCGUCUUUCCGGCGUACGUGAGCAAGCCGACCAAGCUUGCGCUACCGUGGCUCUCUCUCCGCUCGUCCGACCUCGUCGAGGUCCUCGCCUCGCAGCCUGCGCGAUUCCUCCACUCGCUCGACCUCCAUGGAACUCACAUCGACAACGACAUUCUCCCGUUGGUCUUCACUGCGCUCCCUCUCCUCACUGAUCUCGACAUCUCAAACUGCCUGGAUCUCGACGACAACGCGCUCAACGGUGUUGACGCUUCUCGUCCCAAUCGCAUCACCACACUCAACCUCUCUGGCGCGCGCGGCCUCGGCGUUCGCGCCCUCCGGCGCAUUGCAACAGUCUCGCCCAACGUCACUUCGCUCAACUCGGCCGAUCUUCCCGGCGCCGCCUCGCUUGUCAUCUCCUCCCUCUUUCCGCUUCUCCAAGUCACCGGCGUCGGCCAGUGGCUCCACACCUGA